GAGGAGUUUGAGUGUCGGGGUGAGGGCUUUGGGAUGAGGGGUUUGAGUGCCGGGGUGAGGGUUGAGGGUAUCGGUGUGAGGGAGUGUGGGUACCAGUGUGAGGUGUGAUUGUGUUGAUGUGAGGUGUGAGGGUGCAGAUUUGAGGGGUGGGGGUGCCGGCGUGAAGUGUGGGGGUGCUGAUAGGAGGGGGGGAAUGCUGGAGUAAGAAGUGAGGGUCCUGGGUGAGUGGUUUAAAUGCUGGGUGAGACUGCCUGUAUGAGGAAGCAGGUCAGGGUGCCAGUGUGAGAGUGGUGAUCUGGUGUGCAGGUGUGUGGACUGGUGUGAAGGGUGUGAGUGCUGGUGUGAGGGGUGACGGUGCCAAUGUGAGGAAUGUGUAUCACGUGUAUGACUAUGGGUGAGCUGGAGGUCCAGCAGAGUGGGUGUGCCACUCUCUUUGACCACGUAUAUGGGUGAUUCUGUGUGUCUGUAUGUGACCUGCGAGUUGAUCUGCAGACUGUCCUCAUGUGUGAUGGUAUCUCUGAGACAGAGAGAAACUUGGAGGAGAUGGGGAAGGCCUGACAUAGUAUGGCCAUCCGAGACUAUGUGUAAGGUUGUCACAGUGACUGUGACUGUACUUAUGGGUGUGAUUGUGUGACUUAGUGGUUGACUGUGAGAACAUGUCCUUUGUACGUGCAUCCAUGUGGAUGGAUGUGUAUGAGAGAGACGCUCAGUUUUCUCUGUCUGAUAGCCGGGGACAAGGAGUGUGGUGGUCCAGCCUGUUUGUGGGGUGAGGCCUUACGACGGGGUGCAUCAUGUGGACUUGGUCCCACAGGCCCCUGUGAGGAAGCCUGAUGGUUAUGGUGGUACUUAUUGUCUCCAGCCUGUCACCGUAUCCCCUUGUGGAUUUUCAGAUCUUACCCUGCAUGCGGCCACCAGUUGGAAUGAGCACAUAUUUCCCUUCUACAGACACUGAGCACCCAGUACAGGCCAGUGCAUUACCAGAUAGGAUACCACAGUGAUGAUGACAGGCGCGACCGAUGUCUAUGGAACGAUGUCAUGUGGGGAGGCAGAGUGUAAACAAAGAAACAAGCCAGUUUUCUGAGGAGGUGGCAUCUGGGCUGAGGCCUGAAAAGAGGGAGGAACACAGAGAGAAUGUUCCAGGAGGAUGGACUAGCAAAUGCCACGGUCCCAAGAAUCCCAGCCCAGGCCCCCAAAGGUCAAAGCCAGGAGCCAGGAGUACCAUUGCUGUGUGGGAACAGAAGGGAGGAAGAAGCAGAUCUGGGAGCAGGAGUCACCCACGACCCCAGGACUGAGACCUACAAGUCCCCACCCUGCAGGUGCUGAGGCCAAGCAGUGUGGAGCCGGAGCAGAGGAGCAGGCGAUGCAGCUGGAGGCACGAGCUAUGCCAUCUCAGUCCCCUGCCUGUCACCCAGAGGAGAACAUUGAGGAGGAUGAGCCAGAGGCCCAGGACACCACAUACCCGGCAGAUGCCUUCCACAAGCCAGUGGUGACCUUCAGGGACGUGGCUGUGAACUUCACCCGGGAGGAGUGGGGACUGCUGGGCCCGACCCAGAGGAUCCUGUACCGUGAUGUAAUGCUGAGGAACUACAGCAACCUGGUAUCCCUGGGAAUUCCCGAUUCCAAGCCAGAGGUGAUCUCCAAGUUGGAGCAGUGGGAAGACCCCUCGAUUGUAGAGAGAGACAUCCCGAGAGGCCCCUGUCCAGACUCAGCGCAGGAGACCCAGGCUGCACGACCUCCUCCAGGUGAAGACGCGUCACCUCGCAGGCGGAUGACAGCGGGGCUCCAGGGGCAGGAUUUCUGGAACACCACGUUGAAAGACAUCCCGGAGCUGAACGGCUGGGCAGUGGAGAGUCGGCGGCACUGCAGCCAACGCAAGAAGAGCCCCCAGAGCCCCUUCCUCAUGGAGUGUCAGGCCACUCCAGUAGGGGCGCAGGGUCUUGCCAACCAUGGCCACAAAAAGGGCUUCGUGUGUAGGUCAGCCCUAGACCAGGGUCGCCCCUGCAGAAGAGAGGGCGCUUGUGGGGAAGCCUGUACCUGUUUCCCAGAGCUUAGUCAGCCACAAGGAGUCCACACUGGGGAGGGCACAGCAGCGCGCCGGGGAUGGGACGAUGCCUUCAGCAAGAACACAUGCCGACUGAGGAUUCCUGAGGGGAGGAAGUCCUACACAUGUGAGGAGUGUGGGAAAGCUUUUAGCCAGAGCACGCACCUCAUUCAACACCAGCGGAUCCACACCGGCGAGAAGCCUUACGUGUGCCGGGAGUGCAGACGCGCCUUCAGCAAGAACUCGUCCCUCGUCAAACACCAGCGGAUCCACACGGGUGAGAAGCCCUACGCCUGCAGCAUCUGCAACAAGUGCUUCCGCGAGAGCUCAGCCCUCGCCAGGCACCAGCGGGUGCACACGGGUGAGAAGCCAUACGGGUGCAGCGAGUGUGGCCGCGCCUUCAGCCAGAGCACCCAUCUGGUGCAGCACCGGCGAGUCCACACUGGGGAGAAGCCGUUCGCCUGCAAAGAGUGUGGCAAAGCCUUUGCCGGCUCCUCAGCCCUCCUUGUCCAUCACAGGACCCACACUGGGGAGAGGCCCUACGAGUGCCGCCUGUGUUGCAAGGCGUUCAGUGUCAGUUCGUCCCUGGCUGAGCACCAGCGCUGCCACACCGGGGAGAAGCCGUACACAUGCAGCGAGUGCGGCAAGGCCUUCAGCCAGAGUGCAUCCCUCAGCAAGCACCAGCGGGUGCACACGGGAGAGAAGCCCUACGCGUGUGGGAAGUGCAGGCACGCCUUCAGCCAGAGUUCGUCCCUGGCUAAACACCAGCGGGUGCACACGGGCGAGAAGCCCUACAGGUGUGCCGAGUGCAGGAAGCCAUUCAGCAACUUCUCUGCACUCGUCCUACACCAGCGGAGCCACACAGGUGAGCAGCCCUACACCUGCGGAGAAUGCGGUAAGGCCUUCAGCCAGAGCAAGUUCCUCACGCAGCACCAGCGCAUCCACACCGGGGAGAAGCCCCACAUCUGCGGCGACUGCGGGAAGGUCUUCAUGCAGAGUUCGUCCCUUGCCCUCCAUCAGAGGACACACUCGGGGGAGAAGCUGGACAAGUACAAUGAGUGCGGGAAGGCCUACAUCCACCUGUGGCACCUGAUUGAGCACUACCGGGCGCACACCGGCGAGCUGCCCUACGCCUGCAACGUGUGCUGCAAGGCUUUCAGCCGUGGCACGCACCUUACGCAGCACCAGCGGGCCCGCUUGAGCGGCAAGCCCUUGGUCUGCGUCACGUGUGGCAGGUGUCAGAAAACCUUCAGCGAGGCUGUGGCCUUCAUUCUCCACCAGAAGGUUCACGACUGAAAGAAGCGUUUCGAGUGUUGUGAGUGCGGCAGAGCCUUCAGCCAGAGCAGAUUCCUGGCCCAGCAUCAGGGAACUCACUCUCUGGAGAGAAAGCGAGUACCAGAAUACCCUCAAUAACUGGUUCUCCUGCGUCAGUGAAGUGGGGACCUGUGGAACAGUGGCAGAAGCCUUCCGUCUAUCUUCAGAGUCUUGUCUUCUGUCCUGGGGAGGCCCCUGUGUGUGUCAGGAAUGUGGGCUGGGUGCAAAGCAGCCCCUGCUGGGUCACCUACCUGGGCAGGUGAGAAAGGUGGAGUGAGUCUUGGAUCCGCCUUCCUCUUCAGGAAGUACCCUCUACGAAGAUGUCAGAGCUGCUUCUCUGAAAUCUUCCAGAAAGCACUGGUGUUGCAAUGGUUAAGCACCUGGCUGCUAACCAAAAGGCUGGUGGUUCAAACCCACCCAGUGGCUCCACAGAAGAAAGGCCUGGUGAUCUACCCCCGUAAAUACUGCAGCCUACGAAACCCUGUGGGGCAGUUCUACCUUCCAGAGUCGCUGUGAGUCUGUAUCCACUGGAGGGCAUCCAACAACCACUCCCUCAAUUCUUCUCCAUCAUGCAGGUCCCAGCGAUGCCCACCAGAUGGCAGGAGAGGCCCGCAGGUGUGAGUGGGCUGUUUCUGCACUGCCUGGACCACAGUUUAAGUUUCUGCCAAGGCAGAAGUUAAUUUUUUUUUUAAAGCUAUUUUUAAACGAUCCUCUUUCAGUUGUCUGUGUAUCCUAUUAACUCAGGCCAUAGGUUUUGGGUUUUGAUUUUUUUCUUUUCCCCCAAAAAGUAAGUUUUAUAUGUUCAAGUGUCAUGAAGUCCAGCUCUUAAAAAAAAAAAAAAAAAGUU